GUCACCAUCUCCAUUUCUCACUCACAGCGAAGCUGAUAAUCUUCCUUGUAUUCAAUACUCAUUACUCAUUAUCCAUUCAACCAUCAAUCACUGUUAUCUUCUUCCCCAACUCUCUUUCAUUCUCAGUGUUUCUCUUCGCUCACAAUAUCAUAGCCCUAAUUUCACAUUUUUUAUUCAAAUUAGGUCAUUCAAAUUUUCACUGGAAAUCAAAGGGUAAAAAUUGAUGGUGAAUAAUCAUGAGGGGUGAUUUGAUUUGACUGUUCUGUGUUGAAGAAGGAAGAACAAGGACAACAAGAUACUAUUUUUGUUGAGGAAUCUUUAGUGGGGAUUUGCUUCUAAGUUUUUUUUGGGUAGUAGAGCCAACACUAGUGGGAUCCAAAUCAUACACCCCCACCCCUUUAUCUUUUUGGCUUUUCUGGAGCUGCUUCUUUUCAACUAUUUUGACUUGGUAGGUGAUUUGAAGGCACAAGUAGGGAGGGGAGUGAAGGGUCCCCUUUGGCUAUGUCUUUUUAAAUAUCUCACCAAACAAAUAGUGAGCAGUGCUGUGCUUUGAAUCCUGUUGAAUUUCAGAAAAUGCAUAUUGCAUUUUUUAGCUGAGGGACUGCUGCAACAGUGUCUUGCUUUCUGAGCCACAAAAGGGUAUCUGAUUCUGCACAGAUUUGAUACUACUUUAGAACAUACUUGUGGAGUCACUCUUGUUGGUGUUUAAAAAAAAGCAGAUUCUGUGAACGUUACAUGAGGCUUUACUUGUGAGUCUGUAAUAUACAUAAGGUUUGAAUUUGGUUACAAGACUUGGUAUUGUCCUGUGGAAGUUGAAAUGUACAAGGCACAAGCAUGUUGGUGAUAAAUGAUAAUUGUACUGGUGGGGCAGGCUUAUGGUAUUGAACAUCUUCUUGUGUUUCACUUUCUUCUACAUUGGAGUUAGGGACAUGUAUGCUUUUCAUGGUUGUUGUUGAAACUUAAAAGAGCUGAAUUUUUUGAGUUAAGUUCUUGUGGCAUUAUUAUUGCUGAUGAUGAGUCAAGAGCAACAGAAACGGGGUAAGCAAGAGAAAGGUUCUGAUGGUGCUGAGAAGGUUAUUGUUGCCGUUAAGGCUUCAAGGGAAAUUCCAAGGACUGCUCUUGUUUGGUCCCUGACUCAUGUUGUUCAACCUGGAGAUUGCAUUACUCUGCUUGUGGUUGUGCCUUCACAAAAUUCAGGUAGAAGAUUAUGGGGAUUUCCGAGAUUUGCUGGUGACUGUGCCAGUGGUAUUAAGAAGUACCCUCCAGGAACCAUUUUAGAGCAGAAAAGUGAUAUCACUGAUUCUUGCUCCCAGAUGAUCCUUCGGCUCCAUGACGUAUAUGAUCCAAACAAGAUAAAUGUCAGGAUUAAAAUUGUUUCCGGAUCACCUUGUGGAGCAGUGGCGGCAGAAGCCAAGAAAGCAGAAGCCAAUUGGGUGGUAUUAGACAAGCAUCUCAAACAAGAGGAAAAGCGAUGCAUGGAGGAGUUGCAGUGUAAUAUUGCGGUUAUGAAGCAUUCUCAACCAAAAGUGCUACGCUUGAAUUUGAUUGGACCACAAAAGAAGGAUGUUGGAGAAGCAAGUCCAUCUCCUUCUGAGCAAGAUGAUAUGCCUGAAAAGGGAACCAGAAACAAGAUUGAUUCUUUAAAUUCUAUCAAAGGGCCAACUGUCACUCCAUCUAGCAGCCCUGAGCUAGGGACACCGUUCACUGCUACUGAAGCUGGUACCUCAUCAGCUUCAAGCUCUGAUCCAGGAACCUCACCAUUCUUUAACUCAGAGGUGAAUGGUCAAUCAAAGAAAGAGGAAACCAUCAAGGAAAAUGAAGAGCUUGGUGAUACUAAUUCAGAUACAGAAAGUGAAAGUCUGUCCACAUCUUCAGCAAGCUUGAGAUUUCAGCCGUGGAUCACAGAAUUGCUUUUACAUCAACAAUCAUCUCAAUGCAAUGAAGAAAGAUCAGAGACAUAUCCUGGUAUGCCUCAAGCACCUACAACCAGAGCUUUGGUAGAAAAGUUUUCUAGGCUUGAUAGAGGAGCUGGAAUUGAAAUCUCAACCUAUAGAAAUGACUCUGAUUUCAGUGGUAAUUUAAGAGAAGCAAUAGCAUUAUCAGGAAAUGCUCCACCAGGUCCCCCUCCAUUGUGUUCAAUUUGUCAACACAAGGCACCUGUUUUUGGAAAACCUCCAAGGUGGUUCAGCUAUGCUGAGUUAGAACUUGCCACUGGUGGAUUUUCACAAGCCAACUUCUUGGCAGAAGGAGGGUUUGGAUCUGUUCACAGAGGGGUUCUACCUGAAGGACAGGUCAUUGCUGUUAAACAACACAAAUUGGCUAGUUCUCAAGGUGAUAUUGAGUUUUGCUCUGAGGUAGAAGUCUUGAGCUGUGCUCAACACCGGAAUGUUGUUAUGCUGAUUGGGUUCUGUAUAGAGGAUAAAAGAAGGCUUCUAGUUUACGAGUACAUUUGCAAUGGGUCAUUGGAUGUACAUUUAUAUGGGAGACAAAGGGAUCCACUAGAAUGGUCUGCUCGGCAAAAAAUUGCUGUUGGAGCUGCUCGUGGUUUAAGGUAUCUUCAUGAAGAGUGCAGAGUGGGUUGCAUUAUCCACCGUGACAUGAGACCAAACAACAUUCUCAUAACUCAUGAUUUUGAACCUCUGGUUGGUGACUUUGGACUGGCUAGGUGGCAGCCUGAUGGAGAUACAGGUGUGGAAACUAGAGUGAUUGGAACAUUCGGGUAUUUGGCUCCUGAAUAUGCUCAAAGUGGCCAAAUCACUGAAAAAGCUGAUGUAUAUUCCUUUGGGGUGGUAUUAGUCGAACUUGUUACAGGGAGAAAAGCUGUGGAUCUCACUCGGCCCAAGGGACAGCAGUGCCUUACUGAGUGGGCACGACCGCUCUUGGAAGAAUAUGCCAUUGAUGAACUGAUUGAUCCGAGGCUAGGUAGUCACUAUGCAGAGCAAGAAGUAUAUUGCAUGCUGCAUGCUGCAGCAUUAUGCAUACGGCGAGAUCCUCAUUCCAGACCACGCAUGUCACAGGUUCUCCGAAUACUAGAGGGAGACAUGGUCAUGGACACAAAUUACAUAUCAACUCCAGGUUAUGAUGUGGGAAACAGGAGUGGUCGAAUUUGGUCAGAGCCUCUACAGAGGCAGCACCCUUACAGUGGUCCCCUCUUAGAAGAAUCAUUCAGUGGGAAGCUAUCUCUUGACAAAUACAAACCUGCCUACUGGGAUAGGGAUAGGCACUAGCCUUCAUGUGAAGAUGAUGACUUUUCAGGUGGUUGAUGAUGAAAAUAGCAUCCUUGGUAUGCUAAAUAUGUUUGUGUCGCUCCUAUUUUGUUGUUUUCCUCUUAAUUUUUUCUGCAUUGGGAUCUGAUUUUGUAUGUGUAUAGCAGAGUGAAAGUAGGUGAAUACACAAUUUUUUGAAAAAAAUUCCAGAAAUUAUGUAAGCAAGUAUGAUCAGACUGAAUAGGUUGUAUGGUCUUCAAAAAUGAAAUAGCUUCUUGUAAAGUGGUCCAAAGUUCUAACCCCUCCCCCCCCCCCCCCCCCACUCUCCAAUUCUGUGUGUGCAUGGAUGAGAAGCAAACAAACUUGGGUUGAAAAUUGUCAUCUGAACCAGCAAACAAGGACAAUGAUAGCACCAGAUCACAGUUUACUUUAAGCAUUUAUGAAGGGUAAAAGAAGAGUGUCAUAUUUUGAAUCUUCAACUUCUGAGCAUGUACAAUCAAGAACCUUGGUUGGCUGAUGUUGACAAUGUCAUUAUUUUUUGAAUUCUUGACUUGUGUAGCAUGUGAAGCAAAUUUUAUUGGCUAUGUAAAAAAGAAGGCAACAAUUUAUUGGUU